UGAAGUCGUAAGGGAAACCAACCGAACAAGCGAGUGAGCGAGCAGAGAGGGAGGGAGAGGAGCAGAGGGAAAAAGGCAGAGUUUCAAGGCUGCUGUGGCUCAGACGUAAAGUCGGGCAACUCUCUGUGGCAGCAUGAGUCUUCUAACAAUUGGACUGUGUCUGCCACUGUGGUUUUCCUAUUGCCUGGCUCAGUCCUCUUUUCUGGACAGCUUCCUGUCAUUCCCAGCAGCUCUCAGAAGCCAGGAGCAGCAGAAGAGAUUUAAACCAUGCUGUUUACUGAGUCCUCCACCACCCCCACUCUUUCCUCCACCCCCUUCACUUUGGCGCCGCUACACACUUGAAGAAAACACCUCACAUCACGGCAGUGAGUCUGGCCAUAAGAGUAAAGAUUCAACCUGUGUCCAGGGCCCUCCUGGCCCAGCUGGACCCCCAGGACCUCAGGGUCCCCCUGGAUUUCCUGGGAUGAGAGGGCCUAAAGGAGAAAAAGGAGAAAUCGGAAGACCUGGGCAAAAGGGUCGGACUGGGCCUCCUGGGCUUCCAGGGAAACAGGGACCGGCAGGUUGGCAAGGACCAACUGGGGGAAAAGGUGAGAAAGGUGACCCGGGUUUGAUGGGUUUGCCCAGUUCUAGAGGACCAAUGGGACCAAGGGGUUUACCUGGGUACAAAGGGGAAAAGGGUUCUCGAGGUGAUCGUGGUGAGCCAGGGCUUAAAGGAGACAAAGGUGUUAUUGGUUUCCCAGGAAUGCUUGGACAAAAGGGUGAAAUGGGUCCAAAAGGAGAGCCUGGGAUCUCAGGGAACAGAGGACCUACAGGCCGACCUGGAAAGAGAGGAAAACAGGGACAGAAAGGAGACCCUGGAAGAAUUGGUCCUAUUGGACCUGCGGGCCCACAGGGAUCUCCUGGUCAUCCCGGACCUCCUGGUUUACAUGCUACAGGACUCUACAUGGUUGGAGCCAAAGGUGCUCGAGGUCCACCAGGUCUUCCUGGGAAGUGUAGCUGCAGCUCCCUCAGUACUUCUCCAUUUGAUGCUCAUGCCCACAUAAGAAACUAUCCAAAAGUGCCUGUGAUAUUUGUGGUGAGUAAUGAGGAAGAACUGGAGCACCUUCACACUGACAAUGCCCUCGCAUUCCGAAAAGACCAGAGAUCCCUCUAUUUCAAAGACAUUGAUGGCUGGCUGCCAAUCCAGACUAUUCCAUUCCAGAUGACGCCCUUCCAGUCCACGGAAAAUGCACCUGAUGAUGAGGGUUACUGCGGUGACGGGAUAGUGCAGAUCUCCAAUGGGGAGGAGUGUGAUGACCGUAACAGAGUCGUCACCGACGGCUGUGUCAAGUGUAAACGUGCUUACUGUGGAGACGGAUACCGCUAUGAAGGGGUUGAAGAGUGUGAUGGAAAAGACUUUGGAUACCAAACAUGUAACUCAUAUCUUCCAGGGUCCUAUGGUUUCCUUAAGUGCACACUAUACUGUGUUCUUGACUCUACAAACUGCAAAUUCUUCACUUGAGGACGAGUCUGGAGUGUGCAGCUGGAUCUUUUGUGUGCUGCUGCUUGACACAUGACGGGACUAUUUUCAUGCAAAUAAUGGGGAAAAAAAUGCUCUAAAAAAGCAAGACUCAGACAGUAGAGCCAACAAAUGUUCUGAAGUGAAAAGGACAAAAACCCUGACAUAAAUGUAUAAAUGCACUCAUAACUCAUCUGGUUUUCUGCAGAGAUGCCACCCUGCGAUGAAGGCAAAAAAUCUGCAAGUCUAAAGCGUGCAGGACAGCUGCACUCUGUCUAAACAAGCAGGACUUCAACAGGCCUCGUCGCCACUCUGGACCGGACAGGAACCAAACCUUCUGAAUACAACAGCUGUGUGAAGGCCAUGCAGAGCUUAUUAAGAAACACUGGGAUGUGUUCCAGACAAGCAGCAGCUGGAACAGAAGUGCAUUUAUCGUGACCCAGUUACUGUUGCAAAAAACAGAAGAUGCAGACGGACAUCAAGAGAUAGUCUACUGUAGGGUGAAUGAUGGCAAACAGCUCUUGCAUGAAGCUGGGCUAAGAACAUGCUUAUCACAACAUUAGUAUCUAAAACUGCGUCUGACACUGCAAGGAAACCGGACCCACCCUGCUGUUUACUUAAGUUACCAGGACAGGACACUUAAAAUAGUUAUAUUAUUUUACUACUCUACUCUUUCAGUAUUAAGAUAUUUUGGAUCUUUAAACAAGACUGUUUCUGUAGACACAAGGUCCAAAAACCUCCAGAGGUUGACUUAGCUUCAGUAUAUGUCAAAACUUAAGUUACACUCAGUCUGGAGAAGAUUUCAGAAAUUUAACAACCUACUCAGGAACAGGCUCCACACAUGCCUCACUGUGUUUCUUGUUUGAAAAAUGUCUCUUACUGUACUCUGACACACACACAGAUAACUCUUCAAAAGCUUUGACACAUAUACAGUAUGCAACCCUGCAUAAUCAAGUUCCUCCCCUGUGCUUCAAAGCAAAAACAAAAGAUGUGAAGGCUUGAAACUGUUAAUGCUCUUAAAUGUUCCUCAUUGCACAGAACCAGCUGGGCGUAUCUGUAGCUGCUAAAGGGGGAGGAAUUAAAAAUUCCUGUCUGUUCUAAUGUCAUUACUGUAUCUACUCUAAUACCUCUUUAUCCAGUCUUUGUCUUAUAAAGCAACAGAGAAACUCAUCGGUAUCCUUAACUGCGUAGAUGUAGUCUGCUGUGUGCUGAAAAUGACUGUGCCGAUAUAAGCUGACACUUUCCAUAAGCUAUUGUAUAAGUCGCAGUGCCAAGGAAAAAAAUGCAUCAUGUCUGCAUGCAUAAUGGUAUGAAAUACACCAGUUUUGUCAAGUGUUGUUUUGUUAGUCUCCAUUUCGAUUCAUUGGUAUAGCAGGUGUCUUAAGAGAGUGCCCUGUCCUGAGUGUAGCUUAUUACUGUAUGUAUGACGAACCUUAUAGUGAAGAACUGUGCCAUGAACUAAGGUGAAAUACUGUUAGAACUCUGUGCUGUGACUGUUGUGUCUGUGUGUGUUUCUGUGUAUGCACAACAACGCUGGAACAUGCAUGUGGUCACGUACUGUACCGCCAGGCUUUGUGAAGUUAUUAUGCACUGUGACCGGGAUUUGUGUUGUUUUUAUUGUUCUGAUUGAUUUUUACAGUAGCUGUGGAAACUUGAGAAAAGAAUGAAAUAAAAGAAAAUUUCAGUUA